AUGUUCCGCCCACCCCAACGAGUCAUAUCAUCCCCAUUAAGACGCAACCAAGAACGUCACUAUAGGAAAUUCGGUAACCCUCCUUACACUAGCGAGCGAUUCCAUGCGAAGCUCCUCGGAAAAGACCAACGACCGGAACGUGACGAGGCGAAUCACGUGCCCCGAGAGCACUCUUGCGACAAUCCCCUACCCUCCAUCGAGGAUCCAGAAGCCAACAUUCACUUUGACGAGUACCACGGUGUUCGAAACUACUCUGAAGAACCCGCCGACGCAUUGUUGGCAGACAUUAGAGCGCGCCUUGAGCGCCUUGACCAAUACGACGCACUCGCUUACCAAGCUGGCUUCAACAAGAAGAGAUCUCGCUUCCGCACUCCUACUCCGUACCCUCGUUUCGACGAUGUUGAUUCCGAUUCGGACGAGCCGAGCCCUAAGCGAGCCAGACACGACAAUUAUGAACACCCCGUGAAGGCCUAUGAUUGGGCAGGCCUUAGUAUCACCCCGGGCUGUCCGUACCAUACGCUAGAUCGCGGCGUCUCUUCUUCUCUCCAACUGACUGUGGAGAACGUGGCGAGGUUGGAUAGCUUCGAGGGACUUGGUGGAACGACCCUUGGAUCGCAAGAUUCUGACGUCAGUUGGAAGCCAUCGGAGAGUGUGAGUGUAAGUGAGGAUACUCUUUGUGGAAGCAGCAGUGGAUAUGAAGGGGAUGUAGAGAAGGGGUUUGGCGCUCCGGAGAAAUAUAGCGAGGAUGAAGAGGAGGAAUAUGACGAGGAUGAAGAUGAGGAAAGUGAGGAUACUCUUUGUGGAAGCGUUAGUGGAUAUGAAGGGGACGUGGAGUGGUUUAGUGCGGAGGAGGAAUAUAACGAGGACGAAGAGGAGGAAAGUGAUUCGGAGGAGGAGUUUUACGAUGGUGUUAUGGUUCAUAUGGCGCAGAUGGAGGAGGGAAGAGAUUUUCAGGAGAAUUUCGAUGAGUUUUAG